UAACAGUGCCUGCCCACCACUGUCUUGAAGAAAGCUGGAAGGUGCUUCCGCAGGCACACCAGGAGGGCUCUCCUGUUCUCUGUACAAAUGCAUUAGGUCACAGGUGAGAUGGCAGGUGCUGGGCAGCGCAAAGGGAAAAAAGAUGACAACGGCAUCGGCACAGCCAUCGACUUUGUGCUGUCCAACGCCCGGCUUGUGCUGGGCGUGGGUGGAGCUGCUAUGCUGGGCAUCGCCACGCUGGCUGUCAAACGGAUGUAUGACCGGGCGAUCAGUGCUCCCAGCAGCCCCACUCGCUUGAGCCAGUCUGGAAAGAGAAGCUGGGAAGAGCCAAACUGGCUGGGCUCCUCCUCACGCUUACUGACCCAAGACAUGAAGACCAACAUCAGCCGCUCCCUGCAGACCCUUCCCACAGAUCCUUCGGCCGCAGACACAGACUUUUUCCGACCCACAAAGCCCAAGCCAUCUGUCAAGCGAAGUCAGGUGGAGCUGAAAAAAUCCCGCCUUCGCCUGUCUCUGCAAGAAAAGCUCUUUGCGUAUUAUCGGAAGAAGGUAGCUAUCCCAGCAGAUGAGCAAGCCCGAGCCAAGCAAGCAGCUGUGGAUAUCUGUGCCGAGCUGCGCAGCUUCCUACGUGCCAAGCUGCCAGACAUGCCCCUGCGUGACAUGUACCUCAGCGGCAGCCUGUAUGAUGAUCUGCAGGUAGUGACAGCUGACCACAUCCAGCUCAUUGUGCCUCUGAUGCUGGAGCAGAACCUGUGGUCGUGCAUCCCCGGGGAGGACACUAUCAUGAACAUUCCUGGCUUCUACUUGGUGCGUCGGGAAAACCCAGAGUACUUUCCCCGUGGGAGCAGCUACUGGGACCGCUGUGUGGUGGGAGGUUACCUUUCCCCCAAAGCUGUAGCAGACACCUUCGAGAAAGUUGUAGCUGGCUCCAUCAACUGGCCAGCAAUUGGGACUCUCUUGGAUUAUGUGAUCCGUCCAGCAGCUCCCCCAGCAGAUUUGACCCUGGAAGUCCAGUAUGAUCCAGAACGGCAUCUUUUUAUUGACUUCUUGCCAUCCCUGACACUGGGUGACAUAAUCCUUGUGGCAAAACCCCAUCGAUUGGCCCAGAAUGACAAUCUGUGGCGACUGAGCCUGCGGCCAGCAGAAACAGCUCGCCUGCGAGCCCUGGACCAGUGUGAUUCUGGCUGCCGUUGCUUGUGCCUGAAAAUCUUCAAAGCGGUAUGCAAGUCAAACCCAGCCCUGGGCCACCUCACUGCCAGCCAGCUCACAAAUGUCAUCCUGCACCUAUCCCAAGAGGAGUCCGACUGGUCCCAGGACGUGCUGGCUGAUCGCUUCUUGCAGGCACUGAAGGGGUUGAUCCGCUACUUGGAGGCAGGCGUCCUCCCUAGUGCUCUGAACCCCAAGGUGAACUUAUUUUCAGAGCUUACCCCUGAAGAAGUGGAUGAGUUGGGCUAUACCCUCUACAGCUCUCUGUCAGAGCCAGAGGUCUUGCUGCAGACAUAAUGGGGCCUUACCUAGGGAAAUCUCGAUAGGGUUUAGCCAAGGUGGACUUUGAUUACUGCGAAAUAUGUCUCCUCCACUUCUCUCUCUCUGUCUCCUUUUGGUUCAUUAUUAUUUCCUGCUGUGGAGUUGGUGCUCCCACUGAAUUUCUUGGUGCUACUGGUCCAUUUC